AUGCUCAAGGUUUCAACCCACCGGUAUCUAAACAACACCGUCAGCUGGCUUUUGGUGGCUCGAAACGCCUCCCAAGCAGCGAUCCAAAGCACGCUCUGGCAAACUCGGGGCAUUCAAAUGAACACGGACUUGCUAACGGCCGUCCAGCGCCCGGAAGCCGACGAGUACGACCUGUUCGAUGUGUACGCGAAGGGACGACACCUGUGCAAGGACAUAUACCAGUCGUGGUUCGGUAGUUGGCGACAGGGUGUUGGAUUCACCUUGACGACAAAUUACAGCGCAUACAGGACACGUCAGAACUUUAACUUCUUACAGCUGCGUGGAGUCACAGUGAUCGAUCGAGAGAACGUCACCUCCGACAUGGUGGAUGGGCUGCUUAGCGAACCCGGUCUCACAAAAGGCAUAGUGGCCUUCGUCAAGUAUCACUACGCGUUGCUGGUGGUGUUGCGAGAUUUUCACAACUUUACCAUAAAAUAUCGACCAACACGCGGAUGGGCGGGCCGGCUUCGUUCGGGCUAUCGACUAGGGUUGCUUGGGGUGGUACAACGCCACGAAACGGAUGUCGCCGCGACGGGCAUCAUCAUGCGGUUGAGUCGCCAGCCGGAACUGGACUCGAUCCACUACAGCUGGGCGUUCGAAACUGGUUUCAUCUACAAAAUCACACCGGACAUUGGCAGCAAAUCGGAAGGAAACGGCUUCGUCGCUCCAUUUUCGACGUCCGUCUGGAUCGCGCUGCUUCUCUCGGUCGCCCUGUCGGUGGUGGUGCUAAGGCGGUUGGCCCGGUGUUCCGAACGGUGGGCCCAUCGAAACGUGGAGCCAACUCGCGCCAUUAUGGCGUACGUGCUGGACGUGGUGUCAUGCGUGGCCCAACAGGGCGUCCCACACGUUUCACGUUGCGUACCGGCACGCAUCGCCGUCAUGGUGCUGCUGGUUGCUAAUUUGGUGCUGUACAACUACUACACCUCGACGGUUGUCAGCGGGUUGCUGAGCGCGAAGAUGAUCGGUCCGGAGACGAUCGCGCAGGUGAUCGACAGCCCGCUGAAGCUUUCCCUGACGGACACCGGCUAUCAUCGCAUCCUGCUGCGGGAGCAAACGCUACCGUACAGCACGCGCAUGCACGAUCGAAAAGCGGUUCUGGAACGAUCGCCCGAUGAGCUGCCCUUGUUUACGGACGUUGAGCAUGCGGUGCCUUAUCUGCGACGCGGUGGCCACGUGCUGCAUUGCGAGCUGACGGAGGUUUAUCCCACGAUCGCCAACCAAUUCACCGCCAACGAGAUAUGCGAGCUUCGGACGGUCGAGGGUCUGUACAAGUAUGACAUCCGCGUGAUGGCAUUCGUCCUGCCAAAACACAGCAUGUACAGUGAGAUGUUUAAAAUCACGUUGAUGCGGGCACAGGAAACGGGCGUCGUAAAGCGGAUUUAUAGGAUCCAGAAGAUAGCCAAACCGAUCUGCCAGGGAAGUGCAACGGUCUACUCGGUGGCGCUGACCGAGGUUUCGCUGGCGUUCAUUAUAUUAGGAGCGGAACUAAGCGGUGCAACCCGAGACACCAACUACUUAUCACCUUUCACUAACACCGUGUGGUAUGCGACCGCAUUACUUCUGCUUCUCGUGCUGCUGGCAUUGCAAUUCGCGGGCACCGAGCAGCCAUCGUUCUCCCUCGAUCACUGUUUGAUCGACAUGAUCGGAUUGAUCGCCCAACAGGGCACAACGCAGACAUCUGCCAGGUUUCCCCUGCGGCUAGUGUUGUACGCAGUGUUGCUGAUGAAUUUCCUUCUGUACAACUACUACGCCGCCUCGAUCGUCGGAGAGUUGCUGAGUGGCACCAAUGAGGGUCCCCAAACGAUCGACCAACUGGCGAAAGCCCCACUAUCGGUGGUGUUUAACGAUGACUCCUACAAUCGAGCCCUUACCGAGGACAACGAGACGCUAGCCAGCGUACGGAAACUCAACCCCAAACAGCGACCGGUGUUGACUCGGGCGACGGAAGUGGGCAUAAUUCGGCGGUUGCUAAAAACGUACCACCACGAAAUGCCACCCUGCCAAGCCGGACCGAUCGUGCACGCCGUCGUGCUCGCAGGAGUUGCGACCCCAUUCACCAUUUUAGGUGGUGGAAUGGUGAGCUCUCUCGUGAUCCUCGCAGCCGAACUGAUCGUUCACCACGUGCAGAGAAAGCGUGGCUUAGCGAAACAGCACCGCGCCUAA